AUGGAUAAAGAAGAAUUGGAAUUGAAAGAGGAAUUAAAGAGGCUUAAACAAGAAGAGUUAGAAAAGAGAAAAAGAAUUCUAUCAAUUACAAAUGAAAAGCAUAAUAAAGAUAAUAUCACAUCUGUCUUUUUAUCUAACUUACCGAAUAUUGAUAAUUUAAAGCAGGAAUUAACUAUUAAUGCAUCGAAAUUUGGUACAAUAAGGAAGGAUAAGGAUGGUAAUACGCUGUGUAAAAUUUAUUAUGAUAAGGCUGGAAAUUUUGAAGGUAAUGCCUUAAUAGUUUAUUCUAGAGCUGAAAGUAUACCACUGGCAAUUGAAAUGAUGGAUGAUAGUAUGUUUCAUGGAAAUCAAAUUAAAGUUGAAUUGGCAUCUUUUGAAAAUAAAAAGAGGAAUUAUGAAAAUAUGAACAAAGAUAAGUCGGAAGAACAUGAUGUAAAGCCAUUGAAGAAAUUACAAGAUGUUCAUAAUAAAUCUGAACAGAUAUUAGAAGUAAAUGAACAAACAAGUGAUACAGAUGACGAUUGGGUUUCUGAGAAGUUAGUAAUUGAAAACAGGAAAAAAACUGCCGUACUUUCGAAUAUUGUUGACAUUUAUGGAGAACAAAACGAUGAGGAAUUAGAUGAGAUUACAGAUGAUAUAAUCGAAGGUUGUCAACAAAUGGGCACAAUUGAAGAUUUUAAGUUAUUGAAGGAGCUUGGGAAGGCAGAGAUAAGGUUUUCCAAAAAAGAAGAAGCUCAUCAUUGCAUAUCCAAGAUGAAUAAUCGAUUCUUUGACGGAAGAAAAAUAGUUGCAUACAUGCUUGAUGAUGAUCAAUUGAUUGAUAACGAUAAUGAGAUGCAUGAAACAUUGAAAGAAGGAGAACAAGAAUUAGCUAACUCGCUUCAAGAUGAUUUGAUUGAGUAA